CUCGGGCGGAGACUCCGGGCGUCGUGUAUAAGGUCUGAGCGGGGCCGCCCCACGCCAGACGCGUUCUUCCAACGCCCGUGGACUCGCUGCUGCCGUCGCUGUCGGGGUGUUCGGGUCCCAGAUCGAGUGUGUCGUACAGCCCGCGGCCGGCGUUAACGAUGGAGCCCCUCACCGUGAAAGCCUACCUGAUGGGCAAGGAGGACGCGGCCCGGGAGAUCCGCCGCUUCACCAUGGAGCCGCUCGACGGCCCGGGCCGCUGCGACCAGCUGCUCCGGCGCGUCGCCGAAGUGUUCCCGGCGCUGCGGCCCGCCGGCUUCCAGGCGUACUACCGCGAUGAAGAUGGGGACCUGAUCGCCUUCUCCAGUGAUGAUGAGCUGAGCAUGGGGAUGCGCUACAUUAAAGACAACCUCUUCCGCAUUUACAUUAAAGAAAAGAAGGAAUGUAAGCGAGAGCAUCGGGACCAUCGUCCCCCCUGUGCCCAGGAGAUUCCCGUGGACAUGGUGCAUCCCAACGUCAUUUGUGAUGGCUGCAAUGGGCCAGUGGUGGGUAGUCGCUUCAAGUGUACCAUCUGCCCUGACUAUGACCUCUGCAGCACCUGCGAGGGCAAAGGUCUUCACAAAGAGCAUAACAUGAUUGUGUUUCAGAAUCCCUUCAACCCCCACCUGCCUGAGUGGAUGUCCCGCCGACGUUGGUUUCAGAAGAUGAGACAUGGGCCUUUCCCCCCUUUUGGGUGGAUGCCAGGCUGGGGAUUCCCUCCUCACAUGCAUCAUCAUCCUCCACAGGCAGAAGCUUGUGGGACUCCCCCCAAUCCAGGAGCGGAACAAGCUAGUACCAGUACACAGCAGGAUCCCAAUGUUACCUUCCUGCAGAAUGUAGGUGAAAGUGUGGCGGCUGCCCUUAGCCCUCUGGGUAUUGAUGUUGACAUCGAUGUAGAGCACGGUGGAAAGAGAAGCAAGGUGACUCCACCCUUCUCCCAGUCCAACAGUGAGGACAAGGGCAGUCCUCAGCCAGGCACCUCCUCAUCCAGCCAGAGCCAAACAGACCCCCAGAGCGCCGAGAUGGAAAUGGCGGCCCUCUCUGAGCAGAUGGAGAAGGUGAUUGUAGAGUCUUCCAUGCAAGUGGAUGAGAGCCCAACAGCCCAAGAACAGGCAGAGACUGGUUCGGGAGGAGAUGAUGACUGGACUCACUUGUCUUCGAAAGAAGUGGAUCCUUCCACAGGUGAACUUCAGUCCCUACAAAUGCCAGAAACAGGUGGUUCAAACUCCAUGGACCAUUCUCAGGAGGGACCCACAGGGCUCAGGGAAGCUGCCUUAUACCCACAUCUUCCACCAGAAGCAGACCCAUGUUUGAUCGAAUCCCUCUCGCAGAUGCUGUCCAUGGGCUUCUCUGAUGAGGGCGGCUGGCUCACCAGACUCCUGCAGACCAAGAACUAUGACAUCGGGGCCGCUCUCGAUGCCAUCCAGUAUUCCAAGCACCCUCCUCAUCCAUAAGAGAGUUCCCGCUCUGAGAACUCCCUCACCUCACUUUUCUGUCCCGUAACCGCACUGACCCGUCUCAGUCCCAGCUUCUGUGGAAAUUAAGCUCAUCUUUGCGAAAGUUCUUAGUUCUGUGUUGUCAUGUUGGAAACCAUAUCAGUUCACUUUUUGCUUAGGCUUGUUAGCACCAGCGCACCUCCCACCAUCGUGCCAUUGUUUCAAGGGGGGAGGCAGGAAACAAAGGAUGACCUAGCUCACCUCAGGCAUCCCUUCACCAUUUUGUGAAGGAACAAUAUUGUAAAGAGGAGGGAGGAGGGCAUGAAGGCAAAGUAAAGGGCAGGUUUCCCUAGUGCUUUGUUUCCAUGUUCCCUUAAUCUGGUGCAAGAGAGCUCAUGUUCAUGUUGGUUGUCUUAAAAUUAAGUGGUGUUACUUUGCACCUCUGUAAUCGUUUCUGCAACUUGUGAAGAACUAAUGUUGCUUUCUUCUGGUGGAAAAAAUUGCUGUAUCCAUUGCCAUUCAUUCAAUAAACAUUUAUUCAGCCUUUA